AUGCCCUAUGAGCCCUUUCCCUCAGUCUACCCGAUCACUCUUGAGGAGGCGGUGGAGGAGGAGGAGGUGAUCGCACCUCCUGCUAUGCCCUAUGUCCCUACUUCGGUCCCCACCCCACCUCCGCCUUCCGUUUACCCCCGUGUGGUUCCCCCUGCCCCGCCUUCUGCCCCUGCCUCACCCCCUUUGGCUUCCGCGCCUCCUCCUGUUAUUCCCUCUCCCCUUCCACCCUCCAUCCCUCCUGCCCCUGCUCCAUCCUCCUCUUCAUCUUCCACGGUGCCGCCCGUUGGUGAGGGGGGGAUAGUGGUGCCGCCGUCUAUGGUGAUCACCGACGUGCAGCGCCUUGUGACUAAGCAGCUGCAGGAGGAGAGCAGUAUGGAUGGAGUGCAGCAGAGUGGGGGGAUGGAGAGUGGGGAGCAGCAGAUAGGGGAGGAGCAGAUUGGGGACCAGCAGAUGGUGGACCAGCAGCCAGGGGAGCAGCAGACACGAGAGCCACAGACGGGGGAGCAGGAGAUGUGGGGAAUUAGAGAUGUGGUUGAGCCGGCGGGUUUGGAUGACGAGGAGGAGGACGAGGAGUGGACGGACCUGGACCCAGACGUGGUGGCCGACCUUGAGAGGGAGUAG